AUGUUCCACGACCAGCAGGCCGAGUGGAUGGACGACAUGCUAUUGCCGCCGCCGCCACGUGGAGGUCAUAGCGCCGGCGCCGCCACGGCGGCAGGGGAUCCCGAUCGAGAGGAGUUCGACUGGUGGGUGAUGCUCUACCGGCAGCUGGGAGGCGCCCGUGGCGUCGUCGCCGCGCCGUUCCUGGAGGAGGUGCUCCUGCACGACGUGCGCCUCGACCCCGACGGCGACGACGCGGUGUACGGGCGCGCGCAGCGAACGAACCUCGAGUACCUGCUGCUGCUGGACCCUGACCACCUCGUCUGGAGCUUCCGCUCCCAGGCGGGGCUGUCGGCGCCGGGAGAGCCCUACGGCGGCUGGGAGAGCCCCGGCCGCGAGCUCAGGGGCCACUUCGUCGGGAACUAUCUGAGCGCGACGGCCAAGAUGUGGGCGAGCACGCACAACGCCACGUUCGCUGGCAAGAUGGCGGCGGUGGUGGACGCGCUUCACGAGUGCCAGCGCGCCGCCGGAACGGGCUACCUCUCCGCCUUCCCCGCCGAGUUCUUCGACCGAUCAUGCAGGGCCUCCUCGACCAGCACGUGGUGCCCGGCAAACGGCAAGGCGCUGGGGAUGGUGGUCGCCAUGGCCGACUACUUCGCCGGCCGGGUCAGGAACGUCAUCCAGAGGUACAGCAUCGAGCGCCACUGGACGUCGCUCAACGACGAGACCGGAGGGAUGAACGACGUGCUCUACCAGCUCUACACCAUCCCGCUCGAUCAGAGGCAUCUGGUGCUGGCCCAUCUUUUCGACAAGCCAUGCUUCCUGGGGUUGCUUGCAGUUCAGGCUGACAGUCUUUCGGAUUUCCACACCAAGACACAUAUUCCGGUUGUCAUAGGCGGGCAGAUGAGAUAUGAAGUUACAGGUGAUCCUCUUUACAAGGUUUCAGGCCAUCUAUUCAGAUGGACAAAGGAGAUCGCGUACGCAGACUACUAUGAGCGAGCGCUGAUCAACGGCGUGCUGAGCAUCCAGCGAGGCAGAAAUCCUGGAGUGAUGAUCUACAUGCUGCCCCAGGGCCCUGGGAUGUCAAAGGCAGUCAGCAUCCAUGGCUGGGGAACUCCGAACGGUUCAUUCUGGUGUUGCUAUGGCACUGAAUCCUUCUCCAAGCUGGGGGAUUCCAUUUACUUCGAGGAGAAAGGUGAAACACCGGCGCUAUAUAUUGUUCAGUUCAUACCGAGCACCUUGGAGGACUGCAGGCCUUACUGUCACUCAGAAACUGAUGCCCCUCAGCUCAUCGGAUCAGUAUCUUCAGGUCUCAUUCUCCAUAUCUGCAAAGGGCUAGCAAAUAAGCAUUUAUUUAAGUCGGUUUGUUUACUGUCAUGCAGACAAACUGUCACUUUGCAACACUUUGCAACGUUGAACGUGAGAAUACCGUCUUGGACAUCUCUGAAUGGUGCAAAGGCGACUUUCAAUGGCAAGAAUCUGGAAUUAGCACCUCCAGGGACUUUCCUCACUAUCAGCAAGCAGUGGAGUAGUGGUGAUCAGUUGUCACUCCAAUUACCUAUCCACCUAAGGACUGAAGCAAUAAAAGAUGAUCGGCCGGAGGACGCAUCUAUACAAGCAGUCCUGCUCGGGCCGUUCCUCCUCGCCGGCCUCACUACCGGAGAUUGGGACGCCAAGACCGGCGCCGCCACCGCCGCGGCCUCCGACUGGAUCACCCCCGUCCCUCCGGAGUCCAACUCCCAGCUGGUGACGCUCGCGCAAGAGUCCGGCGGCAAGGCUUUCGUCCUCUCUGCCGUGCACGGCUCCCUGACGAUGCAGAAGCGGCCCAAAGACAGCCGCGACACCGACGCCGCCGUCCACGCGACGUUCAGACUCGUCCCGCAGGGAGGCACCGGCGGCGGCGCCGCCGCGAACUCGACGGCCGCCUCGAUGCUCGAGCCGUUGGACAUGCCAGGGAUGUUCGUCACGGACAAGCUCACGGUGUCCGCGGAGAAGAGCUCGGGCGCUCCCUUCAACGUCGUGCCGGGACUCGCCGGCGCGCCCGGCUCGGUGUUCCUGGAGCUCGGGUCCAGGCCGGGGUGCUUCUUGGACGCCGGCGGCGGCGGCCGCGGGAAGGUCCAGCAUUGA